AAAAGAAAUAUACAUUGAGAUAUAUUUUUACCAAAAAAAUAAGCGAUACAAAUUCGAAAUUCCCGUAACACAUAGUUCAUGAAUUAGUAUAGGAAAAUCAUGUACCUUCACUUAGUGAUUCUCACCUUCCAUUUCUGAUUCAAAAAAUCUAACGUCAGUGGAUUAUUCCAUUUUUGUGUGCCUUCAUGCGUAUAAUUUUCACAUCUACCUGUGUUUGUUUUUGUUACACUCUCUCUUAACAGAACUUGUCUCUUCUCUUUUUCUAUCUCUGUCUGUCUGUCUCAGUCUCCCUCUGACUCAAAAAUUCUCUUCGUUUAUCGUUUUCUCGGCGUAGAUCUCUCUCCUAUUAUAAUAUACUCUUUCUCCGGUGAUCAUCAGAUCCGUGUGGGAGAUUCUGUUCCGUCCGAUGUGUGGAGUUUGACUGAGUCUCGAUCGGACAUAGUGCCGCUUCAAGAUUUAUUACGAUGGGACAGUGUUAUGGUAAGACCAUUCCUACAUCCGAAAAUGAUACAACCAACACAACAACCGUGGUUGUAUCCGCCAAUCAAAAUCAAACGCCGUUCCGGCCGUCAACUCCCGGUAAUGGCUCCCUGCCUGUCAAGUACACACCUGGCCGUACUUCCAACCCUAGUCCGUGGCCCAGUCCAUUUCCUCACGGCUCCUCGGCCAGUCCACUGCCACCUGGCGUCUCCCCGUCUCCGGCAAGAACAUCUACGCCGAGGAGAUUCUUUCGGAGGCCUUUCCCCCCACCGUCUCCGGCGAAGCACAUAAAGGCUUCUUUGGCUAAGCGUUUUGGCAGCGGGAAGCCCAAGGAGAGUACAAUUCCUGAGGAUUUCGGGGCGGAGCAGGAGCAGUCUCUUGACAAGAGCUUCGGAUACGGUAAGAAUUUCGGAGCUAAGUACGAACUAGGGAAGGAAGUAGGGCGAGGACAUUUUGGUCAUACAUGCUCUGCCAGAGGUAAAAAGGGUGAGCUUAGAGAUCAACCAGUUGCUGUUAAGAUCAUUUCCAAAGCCAAGAUGACAACAGCAAUAUCAAUCGAAGAUGUUCGUAGGGAGGUGAAAAUAUUGAAAGCGCUAUCAGGACACAAGAAUUUGGUCAAAUUUUAUGAUGCAUGUGAGGAUGCGAAUAAUGUGUACAUAGUCAUGGAAUUGUGUGAAGGUGGGGAACUACUGGACCGAAUUUUAGCAAGGGGAGGAAGGUACACUGAGGAUGAUGCAAAAGCUAUAGUUAUGCAAAUUCUAAGUGUGGUUUCAUUUUGUCAUCUUCAGGGCGUUGUGCACCGUGACUUAAAGCCAGAGAAUUUCCUCUUUACUUCUGGACAUGAUGAUGCUGAUAUGAAGCUUAUUGACUUUGGUCUCUCUGACUUUAUCAGACCAGAUGAAAGACUUAAUGAUAUUGUUGGAAGUGCAUACUAUGUUGCACCUGAAGUCUUGCAUAGAUCUUAUAGUCUGGAGGCGGAUAUAUGGAGCAUUGGUGUGAUCACCUAUAUCUUGUUAUGUGGAAGCCGACCUUUCUGGGCAAGGACAGAGUCCGGCAUUUUCCGUGCAGUGCUAAGAUCUGAUCCCAACUUUGAUGAUUUACCCUGGCCUUCUGUCACGCCUGAGGCUAAGGACUUUGUAAAGAGACUCUUGAACAAGGACUACAGGAAACGAAUGACUGCUGUUCAAGCUUUAACUCACCCCUGGUUGCGCAAUGAUGAUCGGCCUGUUCCUUUGGAUAUAUUGAUCUACAAGUUGGUUAAGUCAUACCUCCAUGCUACACCUUUGAAACGUACGGCACUGAAGGCUCUCUCAAAAGCUUUGACCGAAGAUGAGUUGGUGUAUCUUAGAGCACAAUUCAGGCUGCUGGAACCAAAUAAAGAUGGAAGCAUAUCUCUUGAUAAUUUUAGAUUGGCUUUAGGAAGAAAUGCAACUGACGCUAUGAGGGAGUCAAGGGUUCCUGAUGUUCUUAAUGCGAUGGAAUCACUUGCCUAUAGGAAAAUGUAUUUUGAAGAGUUUUGUGCAGCUGCAAUCAGCACACAUCAACUGGAGGCUCUUGAAGGGUGGGAACAGAUAGCCUCUACUGCUUUUGAGCAUUUUGAGCUAGAGGGUAACCGAGUCAUUUCGAUUGAAGAAUUGGCCCGGGAAUUGAAUGUUGGCCCUUCAGCUUAUGCAUAUCUCAAGGAUUGGAUUAGAAACUCAGAUGGAAAACUUAGUUUACUUGGAUAUACAAAAUUUUUGCAUGGUGUGACGCUCCGAAGUUCAAACACAAGACACCAUUAGUUUUUAGCUUGACAUAUAGGAUUUUUUUUUUUUUUUUUUUUUUUUUUUUUUUUUUU